AUGCACGUCCCACUCAAGUGGUUUCCUUUAUAUAUUUUAAUAUAUUUUUCUAUUUGUUCUAUAUUUAUGAAAUGUUUUGGAAGCCAAAAUAGCAUAAAUUUUGUGAGUAAAUUCAUCCUUUUAGGCUUCUCUUACACCUGGGAGAUUCAAAUCCUCCUCUUCUCACUCUUCUCUAUCAUCUAUGCCUUGACCCUAACUGGAAACCUAUGCAUCAUCUGCGCUGUGAUGUGGAACCACAGGCUCCAAAAUCCAAUGUACAUCCUGCUGGCCAAUUUUUCAUUCCUGGAGAUCUGGUACGUCACUUCCACAGACACUAAGAUGUUAGCCAGCCUUCUCUCCAAGACCAGCACCAUCGCCUUCUCCGGCUGCUUCCUCCAGUUCUACUUCUUCUCCAUGGGCACCACCGAGACCUUGUCGGCCAUGGCCUUUGACAGGUACCUGGCUAUCUGCAGGCCCCUGCACUACCCCACCAUCAUGACAGCCCAGUGCUGCAUCAGAAGGAGCUGGCUCUGCGGUUUCUCCUUUUUCCUCUUCCCAGUUUACCUCAUCUCCCAGCUGCCCUUUUGUGGCCCCAAUAUCAUUGAUCACUUUCUGUGUGACCCCGGACCUCUUAUAAAACUGUCCUGCGUGCCAGCUCCUGGCACCGAGAUCACCUGUGCCAUCUUUAACUCAGUCCUCAACUUCUCCACCUUCUUCUUCAUCACCCUGGUGAUCAGGGCCGUGCUGAAGGUCCCCUCAGCAGAAGGCCGGCGCAAGGCCUUCUCCACAUGUGGCUCCCACCUGGCCAUGGUGUCCCUGUUCUAUGGCUUUGUCGUGGUUGUUUAUGUGAGCCCUACAGCAGGCAACCCAGAAGGGAUCCAGAAAAUUGUGACUUUGUUCUACUCCGUAUUAACUCCUCUUUUUAACCCCUUGAUCUACAGCUGGAACAAGGAGAUGAAGGAGGCUCUGAGGAAAUUAUUCAACACUAUGAGAUUUAGUCAGAAGUAUGGAAGAAAUCUUUAA